AUAACGAUGGCAUCUUUGACAGAUCUGUUCCCCUUGGUGACGCUUCCGCGUAUUUCCGAUAUCAGAUUAGCACAAAAGGCAGUGGUGGCACGUCCUAGAUUGGCCAACCAAGUUGUUCUUGAUGUUGGGAUAUCUAGAUCUGCAAUUUGCAGUUAUAUUUUGAAGCCUACCCCUAAAUUGGUAUGGUCUCAUGCAUUAUCUCCAACCACCGUAGUCGAUUGCAUUGAUGUGGUUGAACUUGAGCUGUCUGCGAAGAGAUUUGCCGUUGGUUUGACUGACAGAAAGUCUCAUAAGCUCUUGUACAUCUUGAGAGAUGGAGAAACUACUUCCACUAAAACCAUCAAAACAUCUUCGAAGAUCAUUAGUACCUCCUUCAGUUCCGAUAGGGAACACGUAUACCUUGUCUUGGAAGACUGUACUAUGCAAGUGUACAAGUUCAGUGUCGAUAAUGAACAAGAUGAUGAAGACAAUGUAGAAAUAGAUGAAAACAUUAAUGAACCAAUCUAUUCCAACCUCAACAAAUUGAGAAACUCCCAUGUAUUAUACCAUGAGUUCAUAGAUGAAGGUUUUGGUCUUGGUGCUAAAGACGGUCUUUUACUUUUGGUUGAACUUGUCAACAAGAAGGUUCAAGUUCGUCUUUUAUCUUUGGAUUUGGUUAAUUCUCUUGAAGUAAAGACUUUUGUCCUUGAAGAAGUUUAUGAUGACUCUCACUUUGCAUACGAGUCCACCAGUGGUGUUUUGUACCGUUACCUGGUUAAAUCAUCAACUCUUAGUACUUAUGCUUUACCAAACUUCAAACUCGUUAAGACCAUAUCACUUGCCAAAAGAUUCCCAUCAACUUCUGCUGAUUCGGUUUCUAUUGCUUGUCCAGCUCCAUCUAGAUUAUUACUUUCCUUUGAUGAUUCCGUUUAUCUUCUCAACACAAAAUAUGAGUCAAUUUUGGACGUUCAUCAACAAGAAGAUUCCAAUAAACUUGUCAUUCAAUCAACAUUAUCGGUCAAGGGUAAUUCUUUGAAGACUAGUAACACUUUUGCAGUCUACUUGAGUCACAACAGCAAAAAGAAUGACACCAAUUUGAACAUAAUCAAUGUCAAUGUGGGUCUUGGAACUUUAAAUGAAUGUCUUGGAAAGGGAUUUAAUCAAAUUUCUACCCCUAAAACAUCCACCACAGCUAACAUUUCUCUGACAUUCCAAGGAUUGUCUGAUUUGCUUCAAGAUCAAUUUGUAGCUGAAUCCUCAAAAUUAUCUGUUGAAUUAUCAGAAAUCUACACCACUUUAAAGGCAGCAUACGAAGAAGAAAGUAUUAAUAAAUGGGAAAGAAUUGUCAUCCCAUACCUCAAGGGAGAAUCUUGGCAAUCCAUUAAGAAAUCUGUCAGUGCCAACAAACCAUACAAGAAGAAGAAUUAUGAGUUCCAAGUAUUUGAAGUGGAAAAGGAUAGAAUCAUUGAUUAUAACUUUAUUCAUGCGGUAGUGUCAUUGAUUUUCGACAAGCCAUCAUCAGAUGGAUCUUUACAAUUCAAGUCUUCUUUCGUUCCUGAACAUUCUCUUACCUAUUUACUCACUCAUCCAUUGUAUCCACACGAAUACGCCAGAGGAUUAUUGGCCCUUUUCGAUAGUGUUCAAAACUUGAGAUUACUUAGACAAGCAGUUAUUACUUGUCCUAACUUGUCAUGUCUUGAAAUUACCAAGCAAUUACAAAACUCCAAUGAUGAAAUCUUCCAAGAUGUAGUCAACAGACUUAUUGACGAAUAUUCUGUAAAUCAAAUCACCUCUACAUUGUUGGAUAUCUUGAAGAGCUCAUCCAAUUUUAAUUUGGAAUAUGUGGUAAAGAAAUGUUUUGCAUUGGAUAUUGGUUGGGAAAUCAUUCCAGCUGUUAUUGAUGCCGGUGGACUUUUUGGAUGGUCUCAACUGUUGAUUGAUAAUGUUAUUGAAGAUGUUGAAAAUCAAUUGGAAUCAUUGAAUCAAAAUAGUUACAAUUUAACCUUGACUAGUCAAGCACUUUUGCUUAAUAGUACCCUGGAUGUCAAUAAGAAAUCUAAGAAAUCCAAGAAGCCAAAGAAGAAGCUGCAAUCACAACAGAAGGAGGAUGAGAACAUUAUCGAAUCAAAUAAGCAACAAGACCAACUCAACUCAAUCUUGACGAUUAACAAUACUUCUAGAAAGAAUUUACUUGAUGAUGGAAUUUCUAUUUCAAAGAAGAUUCCAUUCUACUCGGUAGAGAAAUUGGUGUUAUAA